ACGAUCCUCGCCAAUCGACAUACUUGUAGGUUACAAAACACAUUCAGACACAGUAAUCCAAUGACCAUCGAAGAACCCAAAAUGACAUCUUUGCCAAUCGUACUAUGGGCACCGCGCUCAGAUCGCAUCUACGUCACGAUCGAAUUGUCAGAUGUAGAGGAUGAGAAAGUCCAAUUCUUAGAGAAGAAGUUGAUUUUCAGUGGUAAAGGAGGAGCCGAUAAGAAGGAGUACGCUUUCGACCUCGACUUAUACGGAGAGAUCGAUCCUGAGAAGAGUAAAUACAUCAAGAACAACAUGCACUUGCUAUUGCAAUUGUGGCGAAAGGAGGAGGGCGAAUUCUGGCCUCGUCUUAUCAACAAGGGUAAACUUCACUUCGUGAAGACCGACUUCAAGAAAUGGAUUGACGAGGAUGAGGAGGAUGAGGAGCCUGAGAUGGAUAUGUCCGGCGCCAUGGGAGGAAUGGGUGGUGGUGAUAUGCCCGGUAUGGGAGGAAUGGGUGGUAUGGGAGGAAUGGGUGGUGACGGCGGUAUGGGAGGCAUGGACAUGGCUUCAAUGAUGGCACAGAUGGGCGGUGGUGCUGGUGCUGGUGCCGGUGGUAUGGGAGGCAUGCCCGGUAUGGAAGGUAUGGAUAUGAGCAAGAUGGCUGAGUUACAAAAGUUGAUGGGCCAGAUGAAGGCUGAAAGUGGUGAGGAUGGCGAGGGAACCCCUGACUUCAGUAAAUACAUGGAUUCCGCCGCCGCCGGCGCCAGUGUUGAGGAAGAUGAUGAUGAUGACGAGCUCCCCCCACUAGAGUAAGGACUCAGAAAUAUGAGACAGUUAUACCUGCUGGUCAGUUAUCAUCCCAUUUACUUUGAUCCUUAGUAGGUUGUGGGUAGAAAAUAGCUCGAGAGAGCAAGAAUUCGGUGACUUCAAUCAAUUGCCUCUCAAGCCAACAAGACGAGAUUGACCAUCAUGAUAAAUACUACACCUUGUACAAUAAAAAGGAAAUUAUUAAUAUGUGGGCCGU